AUGCCACAAUCCCCGGUCCCUCCUCCUCUCUCUUCACCUGCCGCACUUGACGUGCUCGUAGUCGGUGGUGGGCUCUGCGGCUUGGCUGUGGCUAUCUCCGUGGCACUUUCAGGAAACCGGGCGACCGUUUUUGAGGCUUUCGGGACUAUCCACCCGUUCGGCUCUGGACUUCACGUCUCGCCCAACGGAACCAGGUUACUAUCGAGGUGGGGCGUGGAUGAUAUCCUGAAGCCGGUGAUAACAGCUCCCGGGACAUUGCAGAUACAUGAUUUCAAUGGUGAACUUCUCGCUAGUCGAGAUAAUUACGACGAGCAGGUUCUUCAUCGCUACCAAUUCCCGCUGUGGACGUUGCAUCGCGUUGAUUUGCAGCGUGGUCUGACUCGCAGAGCUACCGAUCUGGGAGUCGAAAUACACUACUCUUCUCGCAUUACAGACAUUGACAGCUCCAAGCCCACCAUCACUUUCGAAAAUGGCGAGAAGCGGCAGGGGGACCUCGUGGUAGUUGCAGAUGGAACCUGGUCGACUCUAAGACGAAAGGUGCUGGGGCAGGAGAUUAUACCUCAGCCAGCCGGGUACACGGCAUACCGCAUAACUGUUGACCGGGGACAAGUUCGGGAUAGUGAUCUCUGGGACUUCAUGAGCUCUGCGCAAAACCGACUCAACAUCUCUUCAGGGAGUGCAAGCACUAGUGCUGUCAUUGAGGAACUGAAGAAGCUUGCAGAGAGCUGGGAUCCCCUUUUAACGGCAAUAUUCAACGCGGCGCAGCGAGUGAACAAGUGGCAGUUAGUGCAUGUGCCUCCGCCGCCCACCAUGAUCUCCCCAGAGGCGACAUGCGUGCUUGCGGGUGACUGCUGUCAUUCACUUCCUCCUUUCCUGGCACAGGGUCUCAACCUUGGGUUGGAAGAUGCUGCGACACUUGGCCACCUGCUGAGCCAUAUAGCGCUUCCAAACCAGCUGUCAAAAGCGCUAGUAUUGUACGAUCGGCUAAGGAAGGAUAGAGUUGAGAGACUUCUCGACGAGACAUGCAUUCAGAUUGACAAGUUGCGUGAGCUUCAAGAACACUCCCAUGGGGAGCCCGUGGAAAGUUCAAGUACAGUGCAUGAUUGGGUUGGUUCUUUUGAACAGGAAUGGAUUUGGUCUUACGAUGCAUAUGAUGAGACCGAAAAGGCAUAUGCAGACGAGCCAUUCUGA